AUGAAUUUUCAUACCCAAACUUCCAAAGCAGUAUCAAAUGUUUUGCUUCGGCAUUUUCUAACAAUUUUGCUUCUCUUCAUUGGCGCUCAGGUUGCCUACAGUUUCCAAAAUACAAUUGUUGGCGUGCUCAUUGAUGUCAAUUCAAAGACAGGAGAACAACAGAGAAUGGCCAUGCAAAUUGCAGCUCAACGUUUCAACAAUGAUUCACAGAACCACUAUAUAAAACUUUUCUUCCGCGACUCUGGUGGAAUUCCAUUACAAGCAGCUUCAUCUGCUGAAGAACUAAUCAUUAAGAAAAAAGUUGAAGUCAUUCUUGUCAUGGGGACAUGGCAAGAAGCAACUCUAGUUGCUGACCAGGGAAACAGUGCUCAAAUUCCAAUUAUUUCAUUUUCUUCUCCCCCAAUGAUCCCUCCUGAUUCAAUGCAACAUCGUUGGCCCUUUCUGAUUCAAAUGGCAAAAGAUCAGGCUGCACAAAUAAACUGCAUUGCAGAUAUUAUCCAUGAGUUCAAUUGGCGGAAGGUUAUAGCUAUAUACGAAGACAACCCUUACAGUGGUGAUUCUGGAAUGUUAAGCCUCUUCUCUGAGGCUCUCCAAAAGGGUGACUCACAGAUAGAGAACCGGUUAGUUCUUCCAUCGUUCACUUCUUUAUCUGAUCCGAAAGGGUUUGUUCUGAACGAAUUGCUUGAGCUUUUGCCACUGCAAUCUCGUGUUUUUGUUGUACUUCAAGCAACAUUCCCAAUGAUAACCCAUUUGUUCAGAGAAGCUAAGAAAAUUGGAUUGUUGGGGAAAGAUUCAGCUUGGAUAAUGAACGAGGGAAUCACAAGUAUGUUAGACUUUGCAAACAAAUCUGUUUUGUCCUCUAUGGAAGGUGCUUUAGGAAUCAAAGCCUAUUAUUCUACAAGUUCUCUUUCUUAUAAGCAAUUGCAGGAUGAUUUCCAACCUGAGCAUGCAAAACCAGGAUCAGAUGCAUUACAAGCUUAUGAUAGCGUUACAUUAAUCACAAAGGCCUUGGAGAGAAUGAAUGGGAAAUCUAGUAAUUCAAUGGUGUUCUUGGAAAAAUUGUUAUCUAGCGAUUUCAAUGGUUUAAGUGGUAAUAUAAGAUUCAAAGAUGGUCAUCUAUUCAACACUCCGGUGUUGAGAGUGAUAAACGUGGUUAACAAGGAAUACAAGGAAUUAGAUUUUUGGACCCCGAAAUUGAAGUUCGGUAAAUCUCUUAAAAUACUGAAAGACAGAGAAACAAAAGGAGGCCUAACUUCUACUGCUCCUAAGGGAUGGAAACUGCCGACUUACGCAGAACCUUUAAAAGUGGCAAUUCCUAUAAACCCUGCUUUCGAAAAUUUCCUGAAGGAAGACCCUCCAAAGAAAUAUGAUGGUUUCUGUAUUCGUCUUUUCCUCGAGACAAUAAAAAUUCUGAGUUACAAGUAUGGUGACAUUCCCUAUGUAUUUGAGUCCUUCAAUGAAUCCUAUGAUAAACUUCUACUGAAUGUAAUAAACAAGUCCCACCAUGCUAUUGUCGGAGAUUUAACAAUACUCGCCAACCGAUCAAAGGAUGUGUCGUUCACUCAACCAUACACUGAUUCGAGCUUAUCAGUUAUAUUUCCAAUAGAGACUGAAGGAUCGAUGUGGUUGUUUAUGCAACCCUUUAGCUGGGAAAUGUGGCUUGCUACUAUUUGCAUUCUCAUCUACACAACGUUCACCGUAUGGUUCCUGGAGCAUGAGUUCAAUCCAGAUUUUGGUGGUCCAUUGGAAAAUCAGAUCAGCACCACACUGUGGUUUGCCUUUUCUUCUCUAUUUUUUGCUCACAGGGAGAGAAUAAGAAGCAACUCUGCACGAGUAGCAGUUGCUGCAUGGCUUUUUCUUGUGUUUGUUAUAAACUCAAGCUACACUGCCAACUUUUCCUCAAUGCUAACUGUCAAACGAUGGUCACGAAGAGAUAUUGAGUGGCUAAAGCAAAACAAUUUCUCAGUUGGCUGUGAAAACCGCAGUUCCUUUGUAAAGAACUACAUGAUAGAUGUGUAUAAGUUCCAUCCAAAUCAAAUAAUAAACGUUCAUGGAGAACAUGACAUUGUAGAUAAAUUCAAAAGCAAAAAAAUGCAUGCUCUCUUUUUUGAAAGCCCGUAUGAGAGGGUUUUCUUGAACAAGUACCCCAGGGAUUACACUGCAAUUACAGCUGCCUAUAAAUUUGGAGGACUUGGCUUUGUAUUUCAAAAAGGAUCUCCCAUGGCUAAAGAGUUCUCUGAAGCCAUUUUAGAACUAGCAGAAAAUGGAAAACUAAAAUCUUUGGAAGAGCAAUGGUUGACUCCUCCGCAAUGCUCAAACUCAAACCGUUCUCCAGAAACUGAGGGCCUGACCCUCCCCAACUUCUGGAUUCUCUAUGUCAUGUGUGCUUUCAUAUGCACCAUCUGCUUGGUGCUGUCUGUCAGCAGCCAAACAUAA